AGGACUGUCAGAAGAAAUUAAUUGCUAAUGCUGUGCCAGAGUAAAUGCAAUUAACAUUACAUGGAUGGCAUCAAGCACUGGCCCUUGGGAUGAAACUGAUGACAGUGCGAGCUAUGAUGCCCCUGCUGCAACAACCCGUCCUCCAAGGAGAAGCACACUCAGAGUGAGUCAUCUGCAUCAGCCUUACCCCCAGCCCCCCUCGCCCUCUCGACAUGCCAGCCGUGCAGUGUCUUCGAGGCCAAGGACGGGUGGCAUGGUGGUUGACAAAGUGGAGGAUCUUGCUGCAUCUUUGCAGGCUACAACAGAAGUGUUGUCUACAGCAGAUCGCAUGCUGGAGCACUACAGAGACAUAAAUGUGGAGCAGGAUGAGGAAAUUGCAAAGGUGUGUCCAGUGAAAUGUACAGAGGUUUUAACCUUGAAAAAGUGCUGUCACAGAAACCUGCAAAAAGUUUGUUAAAAGUUUUAUUUUGUUCUGGAAUUGCAUAGUGUUUAGCAAUUUGACUUAACAACAAGUACUGUGAAAAAUACUCACAAUCUUAAGUUGGUACGUACGACAGUUAUUUGACAGGCAGGUGACAGGCAAACUUGAGAAUAAAAGAGCACCCAGUAAUGAGUAUAUACAGUGUAAUAAUGACUGCUCUUUGUCUUUGUCAGAACAAAAGUCAACAUCUCUAGUUUGCAAUCUGUAAGAAGAAAGACUAAAAAUUUUUUCUUCGCUGAAAUUUUGAUGUUUUCUUUUAUCCUAAGCUGCGUGCUGAACUUGAAAAAUCUGCCAACAUUCUGAGAAGAGAAAGGAUUUCACGAAGAAGGCGUCUUCCUACCACUCCUCCGUCAUCCCAGGUGAGAACAACUCAUUUCUGUUUUUGAUAAAAUAAAUGUUUCCCGUCAUGUUUGGGACAAUGAGUUGCCAUCAGAUGUUUAGAACAGAUGUUUGAAACUGUUUUAAAAGAGUUUCACUGUGAGACAGAAACAGUUAGCACCUUUUCCUUUCUACAUUGAAAGAAAGGGUGUUAGCUGAGUGAUUUUUUCACACUCAUCAAUCAAGAGCUAUGUAAUACAGGGCUCCAAAAAAAGCCCCAUCCGGUUGUCCAGGCAGCGUGCAAAAAAAGUCAUGUCCCGUAGCCCGGGGCUAGUGGACUUUGCUAUAGGGCUAGUGAUUUUGGUUCUUAACUUGCCCGACGGGCAAGUGCUGUUUUUGGGGGAAAUUCAAAUUACAGAAGGAUAAUUGUAAUCAAUCCUGCUAAUCAAAAAGGGUUUUGGGGCUAGUUGAAAUGACUUGUGGGCUAGCACAUGCUAGCUACGGCUUGCCCGAAUGGCAGGCUGUAAAACUGACUUUCUUUGCACGCUGCCAGUCCAAGUCAUCCUUCAACAAAAUCAUUACUAAGACAAGUGAGAAGUGGCCCUGGGUUAGAAAAAUGUGAGAGCUGGGAAUUCCCAUUUUUUAGCCCUGGGAUGUGGUCUAUAGGAAGAGAGUUUAAAGAAAUUAAUAUCAACGGAUUGCCACCCACUAAAAGAUAUAAUUCCUGUCGAGAAGACGUAUGUACAUAAUCUUAGAAAAAAAGGCUACGUACGCCCAAAAAUUAAUACAGAGCGUUUUAUGAACACCUUUGUAAAUAGGUUGAUUUUUAAGCUCCAUUUAUUGUAAUGAUACACUUUUUUAAUAUAUACAUAUAACGUAGAUAUUUAUCAUAGUUUUUAUCUUCUCUUAUUGUAACAUAAGAUAUGUAGUUUUAUCUUUUGGUGAAAUAAAGACUCAUUAUUAUUAUUAUUAUUUAGUAUAGAACCUGGAAAUGGUGUCAUGAUGGCACAAUUUGGCAGUUUCCUUGUGUUUAACACGCAAGAACACAUUUAUCAAAAUCAACAGGCAGACAUAAAUGUACAGUGUAGUUUCUGAAACACCAACACAUGUAACGAGAUCUGAAAUCAUCCAAUGAAAUAUCUUUUUAUGACCAAAGGACUGGUGUAAUUUGCCUGACAAUAGGGCAUUGGUUCUAACUAAAAAAAUGGCUUGAAAGGAAUUUGUCAACUGAAAUGUUUAUGUUGCUCUAAUUAUUGCAAACUGUGGUAGUCUGUGUCUGAAGAUGAGCAUGCAAGACCUGUGCGAAAAAGUCAAAGGGGAUCUGCUGUUCGGUUUGAUGAUGAUGUUCGAUCUGAUGUAAGUUUGAUCAGUUUGUGACUUAAAUAUUUUGUUUUAAAUUUGUUUAAUGAGUUACAAGCAAUGUACAUGUGCAAGGUAGAGAGUCUAUGAAUUAAAAAAAAUCUAUAACAACCCUACAGAGUAGUUUUCAAAGAGGAUAUUUCCAAUAAUUGGUUUUUCUAUUUAAUACUUAUGUUAAAAUUUUUUGCGUUUUAAGAUAAAAAGUAUUCAACUUUGGUAAAAAUGGAUAAACUGUUCUUUAGCCUGUCUGUACAAAAAAGAUAAAAUUAAUACACAAAAUAGCACUUAAGGACCAGGGUUGUUCUCAGGAUGUUUAGAGGUUGAAUUUUGUUAUGAUCCAUUUUUUAAGGUUGAGCAUCUUCGGCAAGCUGUGAGAAACCUAAAAAGUGAACAGAAUCGCUUGACAGGAGAGCUAGAAAGAGAAAGAGAGGAACGUACAAGGUAAGUUAGUCCUUGUUUUAGCAGGAGGCUUUGUUUCAAGAAAGGUUAUGGUACACUGUAGGUGGCAAUGUUUUUGACUGUUUGGACCAGUUGACUGUAUUAAACGUUAAUUAGAAAUGAUGAAAAGGCACAAAACAUUAAAAUUAUUAUUUAAAUGAAACUUUGGAAAAGUAUAAAGUUGUGUUUAAAUUGUUCAGAAAGUUUUGCUUAAAAAACGUUUUGGCAUUUUUCUAGUAAUUAGGGCAAUAAUAGAUUCUUGUUUUCAAACUGGAGGAGGGAGUUGCGGGGAUGGCUAGGACCCAGCGUUGAACAACUAGAUAAAAUUAACGUGUUUUUUAGAUGAUUUUCCUUUUCUGUAGCAUAUUUUAAUGUUGAAUUUUUUUUUUGCUGAACAGACUUGAUGGUGAUACUUGGGGUGUACCCAGACAUGACCAGGGAGCUCCAAUUGGACUCCCAGGUGCGUAAAAUGUUAACGUUCACUUCUUUUUUAGUCACUAACUAUGAACUGAAUGCUAUACUUGUCUCAUAGUUAACUCCUGCACAAUUUUUUCAAAUUAAAACACCUACUAAGAUUGAUUGUUAUCCAUUUGGAAGGUGCUUAUGAUAAAAAAUUGUCUUUCUGAUUAAGGUCACCUUUUGUUCUGAAGUCUCUUUGACAGAUUACUGAUAAAACAUGUUGCUUAGCUUAUGAAAAGGGGACUGAGAACUCUCUUAUUCUCCCUUUGGUUCCAGUAUUGUUUAAAUACACUGUACCUAAACUUACACGUAUAAUCAGACAUUUGUAUGCUUGUUUAGCUAUAAAACAGAGGCAGAGGCAGUCAAGUAAAGAAAUGAUCUGGUGUCUUAAGCACCUACUUAAAUACAAUUUUGUCUUAUUUACAGGGGUUAGUGUCAGAGCUGGUUUAGAAGAGAGGUACUUGAACUUUUAUUAAACUUUAAUACAUGAGCUGCAUUUGCAGAAUGAGGCCAAAAAGGAUUAUUAUUAAUAAUAUUAUAACCUGGUAUUUUUUGCAUUAUUCUUUAAAUUAUGCUGUGUUUAUAAGUAUUCCUUUUGAUUCUUCUUUCACUAGAGAAAGACUUCUUAAUGAGCUUCGUGAAACAGAGGAAGCUAGCAGACGCCAGGCUGAAGUUCUUGUGAAGGUUAGUUUGGUUAAAAUUUCGAGGCUGCUGCUGCUCUAGGCAUGAUAGUGGAGAAAGAAAGGUUUGUCUUGGGAAUAUAAGUGCGUACAAUGGUAAAUGAUAAAUGGGUUCGGUCGGUCUUAAAAUGUCCUGGCAGGGGUGAUAGGCUCCUGGUCCUGGAAUUACUCAGGAGGUCCCUGAAAUGUCCUUGAAUUCAAGGGUGCAAAAUAAAAUAAUUUGAGGUGUUAACCACAAAAGGUAUCAGAAAAUGCUUGCAUGUCAUUCUACAAGCAAAUGACCAGAAGUUGUACGCACAUGUAUAAUUUCCAUGCCCUUGUGCAUUUCACAUGGAUUUUUCUCGUACAGAGCUGUGAAAUUUUAUGGCAUUGUGUUUUGUGCCUUGAGAAUUUCCAAAAAGGAUAAACUUUAUUUCUCAUAUCAUGUUUCACCUUUGGUGUAAGUAAUUUACCAGUCUGAGUAGCUGCUCUGCAUUUGUUAAGUCAUAAAUUUGCUUAAACUUUGUAGGAACGUACAGUACCGCUUGAGAGACGAUAGUCUCGUCUCCAGAGAUGAUAAUCCUGGGGCGGAUCCAGGAAUUUUUAAUUGGGGGUGGGGUGGGGGGGGGGGUCCAAACUUUGGUUCAGAUAGGACUGUUGUACUUUUUGGUGGCAAAUUGCUUCUCCCUCACACCCCCCACACCCCAUCCCACCAGUCGCGGUUGCACAUUAUAAUUCCUUGGCCCCUUACCGUGUACUGCUUUGCGAUCAGAGGCGAACAGAUCAUAGUAGGGUACCCAAAAACAAUUACAUUUUUUAAUAUCCUGGGAAUUUAGUGGCAAAUGUAACACGCGUUUCAUUAAAAAAUCUGCCAGUUAAAAAGUGUUAUACGAUCCUGUUGAUGUAUGAAUUUCAGUCUCAAACACAACCUUGUUCCCACGGUUCUCUCCUACCUGCCCUAUGGGUAUGAGAAAACCCUGGGAAUGAGGUUGUCUCAAACAAGGGUCAGGUCUGAUAGGGGACAGGGAGGGGGGAGGUCCGGAACUCCUGGAUCCGCCAUUCGACCACCACUGCAAUCCCGUCUUGGGGGGGAAAAGUCUCGUUUCUCGAGAUGAGAGUCUCGUCUCGCGAGACGGUUGAAAUACUGUAAGUAUCAAGCGUCUUCAGAAUGUUAACAGACUCGGCCUACACAGCAUCAGCAUGAAGCCAAUGGAGUAUGGUCGUUUCUCUACAAGUCGUUUCGCUGCAAAGUUGUAAAGUCGUUUUGCUAACUUAACUUGUUAUUACCCGUUUAUGUAGUUCAUUCUAAACUGUUUUAAGCUGUUUAAUACAACAAGUUGGUUGCAGCGAAUCAACUUUAUGAUGCUGCGAAACGACUUCAUUAUGCAGCAGAACGUCUUUGUGGCGAAACAACCGUAAUUCAAGCCAAUUGCUCCAUUCCCACUUCCCUUCCCAUGACCUGGAUGUAUGUUAAUUAGGACAUUACUAUUGGAGCGAAACAUCACACAGACUAUAACCUUGCAGGGGCUGGAUGCAGAGCGUGAUGUUCUACGUGAAAGUCAAAGAUUAGCUUCAGAAAGAGAUCGGGAACUUGAGUCAUUAAGGCAGCAGGUAAGGUUUACCUCUCAAUGGUUUUGGCAAAAUAAAAAGUACAGUCUUAGAAGCCAAGGGUAGGAGUAAAUUACAUUUCGUUCAUCAUCUACUUAAUAAUAGUUGGUUAAGGAAUGCAUUUUUUGAAAACAUUUAAGAGCUCAGAUCAGCGUGCAAAGAAAGUAGUGUCCGAUAUCCCGGAGCCAGUGGAUUUUGCUAUCGGCUAGUGAAUUCUGUUAUUAACUUUCCCGAUGGGCAAGUGAAGUUUUUUGAGGAAUUCAAAUUACAGAAGAACUGUGAAAUCAAUCUGCUCAUCAAAACGUUUUUGGGGCUAGUUGAAAUGAUGUUUGGGCUAGUAAAUGUUAGCUUCAGCUUGCCCUAAUGGCAAGCUGUAAAAAUGAUUUUCUUUGCACCCUGUCAGAUACUUGUAAUUCACAUUGAUGACUCCAUACAAAUCCUUCUAAAUUUGCCCUGAUUCAUAACUUUGAGAACCGAGUCAAAUUUAGUGGGAUUUGUGUGGAGUCAUUAGAGCAUAACUUGACUGAUAUCUUGGAGACAAUUUGCCCUGUAAUGCUAGUUUUUGGCAAGUAGGCCUUUCGGAUGCUAUUCUUUUACAACACCCGACAAAUCCCAUAGUUUCACAAAUAUAAUAAUUCAUGUCGUCCACUCUAUUUUAAACAUAAAUUGGUUAGUACCCCACAGGUAACCCAGGCUCUGUGAUAGUACCACAGGACGGUUACUGUAUAAUUACAGUGUUUGCAUGGGGUAAAAAUAAGGUCCUAAAAUUUGUAGGAUUACGCGGAAAAAAGUUGUGUUGGAAAGGGAGCAUGACGGCCGAGAUGCCAUCUCGUGCCUCCUACCUUAUGUAUUAUGAUAUUGUAUGGAGGGUGAAUUUGAGCAAAUUAUGACGAAAAUUCUUGUGAGCAUUAAGAACAAUAACAACUUACUGCAUAUUAAGUUGCACUGACCAUUAUUUAGUCUUCCCUACAACUUUUAGGAACUUAUUUUUACCCCAUACAAAAACUGUAAUUUUACUGGAACCGUAUUGUGGUAAUAACACAGAGACUGGGUUACCUGUGGUACCCGUCAUUUCCAGGGGCUUGUUGAUGGGUUGGGCUCCUUGGGAAUGAGGUCUGGUGACCUCCUCAUGUUUUUACAGUUGCAGGCCAAUCAAAAAACCCAACAAGAUGAAAUCGAAAACAGACUUAAAGAAAUACAACAAGAGGUAAACAUGAACAACCAAUAUCUAUUCUGUGAAAUUUUGUUUUUCCAAGCCAAGGAAAUGUCUAGAGUGGCAUCUCAAAGUUAAGUGCUAUGCUUAGUGUUACUGACGAAUAUCGCAUUUCCCCUUCCAGCAAGAGGCGUUCCCGCCACCCGUAAUAUCAAUAUGUAGAUUUUCAAAGAGUCAAUGAAGCGAGGCACUCGGCUUCUUCGCUUUCUUUAACGUUCAAAAUUUAAACAAGGAGUGAAUUGGACAAUAAACAGUCAAGUGGCAAAAAAUUGGUUCAUAUUUUCUGUCAGCAGUGAAUCCUAAAUUGAGUUUUAUCUAGUCUUUGUUAGCCUGCAGAACAGGCACUAUUUUUUUUCGCGUUUUUCAUGCGAGCAAAGGCAAGCGCGAAGCGAACAAGGAGUAGCAGACACCAUCGCGCUUGUCUGACGCUCCUCGCUCGCUUCGCGUUUGCCUUUGCUCGCCUAAAAAACGCGAAAAAAUAACGUCUGUUCUGCAGGCUAAGUCUUUUUCGAGUUAAAGCUGGUUUCCACACAAAUACGAUGGCUGCGAUUGCUUAAAGGCAAACUAGAAAAGAAAGUUAAAAAGGCAAGGAUCGCUGAAAUAAACUUCUGUUCUGAUUAAACCAUGAUUGCUACUAUUGAUCAGAUCGCUGGCGAAAAGGUCAGCGACCGGAAAGCAGCUAUCACACUCUAUACAUAGUUACUUACAGUUACUUGAAAUUACAUUACAUUUUAAAGUUCAGAUAUAACGCGCACUCUGAUUGGUUGAAAAAGCGUGCUUUAUGAGAGUAUAAAACACGGAACUAAAGCGGUCGCGCCAUCUGCAAAUGGUUUGUUUUGAAAAUUAGAAAGUAGUGCGUGGGGAAUUUAACAGAUUCUUUAUCAUAAAACAAAUGAAGAAGCUAAGCUUUGACUGUGCUCUGUUCUGUUGUAAGGGACUUAGGAAGCGGCUACAGCACUCAAAAGGUAGAGGGAAACACUCGACUACUUGACGUGCCUCCCCCUACACCUCUUUCGUGCGCUAGCCUCUUCCUGCGUGCUUUACUACAGAACAGUGCGCAGUCAAGGCUUCUUUAUUUGUUAAUUACAUCACAUUGCAUAACGUUACUUUACUGAAUAUUGUUAGGUGAUUAUUACCCUUAAAGUCUUAGUUGUAAUCGACAUCUAAACAUUAAUUCUCUUUGUAUGAACAAUGCAAAAUUUAAGCAGUAAGUUUAUGAGAAUUAAGGAAGUGAUUGCCUGAUCUGAAGACACAUUAUUUUAAUACCUGAUAAUAAAGAAAGUGUACCGUAUCUUGACGAUUUAACUUAAAUUUUAAAACUAGUACUCUGUACGCAUGCAUCAUUUUUCACUAUCCAUUCACAAUUUUUCAUUGUUCAUCAAUCCAUUUUCCUCUCCAUCUUAUCACUUGCUCUGGUUAAUCGUAUACUGCUAACCCUACAUGACGUUCAGUUGUUUCGCUACAAAGUUUGCCUCCUUUUCAUGUAUGCGCUUCGUGUUACGAACAAAGGCGAGCGCGAAAAGGAAGUAAUAAAGACAUUUCGCUAAUUUAAACUAUGAAAUCUGUGGUUAUUGCUCGUUCGGUAUAAAAAUUUAGCCGCAGUGUUUGUGUAUAAAGAGGUGAAGUAUCAUCUCAUACUUAAAACAGUAGCGAAUCGACUGACAACAGGUAGCGAAAUGACUUUGUAGCAAAACGACUGGUAACCCCUGGCAUUGUGACUAUGGAACUAUAUUUAUUGUGUGCGAUUAUCAGAUGAGAGCGGAGCGAGAGUCGUGGGAGAAGAAACAGAGAGAAGUCGGUCAACUCGCCACCGAGUUACAAAAUGUCCGGGUAACUAGAACGUUCUUCAUACGUACUAAAACAUUACUUUCUUCUGCAAUAACGUGCUUGUUGAGUCAUUUAAGUGUUCAAAACUAAUCUUUUGUUCGGUUUGUGAUAAAUUUGCCCUCAAGCAUGCCCACCGAGGGAAGAAUGAAAAACUUUCUUCUGUGCGAGUUUGCAUUUUAUGGGCGAGUUAACCAUGAUAACCAUUAAUCUAAACAUGGUAAUCUUGAUUAAAAAGUUCACCCUCAGUAUGAAUUAAUACAACCUAACUUUAAAUUAACACCCAUUUUAACAUCGCGGAGCUUUCUUGCUCAUAAUUUUAUUAAUCACUGACAAUCUGAAAUAUAACUACUUGCUAACUCCGAUGUUAACCAAAGUUAUUUAGACUAAUCCUGCAAAUAACAGUCAGGCUACUUUGCGCUACAUGUUAUUAUGAAUAGAUUUAAAAACUUUUCUAACCUCUUCUAUAACGCAAUCCAAAAAGCGUCAUUCCUCCAAGCUAUAGUUGUUACUUUGAAAAUUAAAGUGAUUGUUUAUCUUUUUAGAAUUUAAUAGGUGAAGCAAAUGAAACUAAACUACGGGAAGAAAUCCGCUCUGUUGCCAGGUACGCUUUCCUUCCAUUUUUAGAACAAAAAUACUUCAGCGAAAGUCUGAUUUUUUGCUUCAUUUAGAAGCUUUCAUUUACCAUUGAAUGAAAAUAUGGGCUAGGAUGUCUAAAGUAUGUAAGAUUUUUUCAAAUUAAUGAGUUUCUUGUUGUUGAAAAUACUUUGUACCCUAGCAAACUUAUUUUGGCUGGGGCAAUUCUGCAGUUUUGAGCUUUCAAAGCUUUAGGGCCAGUUUUUAAACGGAGUUUAGCCAGUGUUUAACAAAACCGCGUUGUAAGCUAUUUUCAGUUUGCCGAACGCUUUUAUGUGAACAACAUCUAUCGUGAACAGUUUCAUUGAAGCAUAUAGAGUAGACUAGAAAGCAUUUAUCUUCUUAAAAUAACCCACUAAGGAAGAGAUCUGGAGGUCCAAAGAUUUCCUAAACCGCGGUCUAUGCUAGACUCCGUUUAAAUAACCGACCCUGAGAGUUUAGUAAACUAACCACGCAUUGGUAAUUUUUCAACUUUGCAUAUUGAAUGUGACAACCUUAGCCUUUAAGUUCUAUGCUUCGCUUGCAUGUUACGCUUGUUUGACACCUCAUCUGUUCUUCGCCAUGUUUGCGUGUAUGCUGGCCGAAAUGCAGAUUGUAGACGAAUUUGAACUGUAUUUUAUUCCAAGGAUUAUCAGGCUCGAUUCCUAAAGGAUACAUCACUCCAAAAGGUCCAACUUCUCAAAGAUUGCACAAGAUUCCACAGAUUCACUAAAGGUUCACAGAUCAUCAAGAUGGGUACAAGAACACAACACGUUUUUUUGAUCUCCCAGAAGGGCUAGCGAGCUCCUAGAUCCUUACGUCAUCGCGCACACAGAUUCGUACGUUCCUCGCAUGGAUGUGAAACCCGUCAAUAUAAGCGAGGGUGUCAUAUACAGGACUAUCAUAUAUGUAGGAUUUAUUUUUAACUUUGUAGAUUUUUUCUGCGUCGGGCUUAUACUAUAGGCUCGAAACAGCGUACAGGAUUGAGUGACUGUCAAUGCGAAACAUGACCCUGAAACAACACACGGAAGAAGCGCAAAUGAAAUUAGAGGCUUAGAAGAGCUUCGUUACAGCGGCUUCAAUACGUUGUUAUGUAUGCGGGAUUGUAAUAAAUGGAAGUCGUUUCUUUCUUCUUUUUUUUUCCAGUGAGCUAGAUUCUGAACGGCGAGCGCUUGAGGAAAGUGAACGAGAAAAGAGAUUACUUGCUUCACGCGUAGAGGAUUUGUCAGGGAGACUGGAACUAUCUGAAAGAGAACGCAGGGAGGUAGGUCACGUGAUUAACGACUAAACUGGAAACAAUGUCAUUUUACGUACCUAUUCAGUGGACGUCUGUUAUAAUAGAGACCUUUAGGACGACUAGGAGUACGAGAUUUAACUUGACGUUUUUUUGCGUCUUCUCAAAAUAUAGACUUCCCAGAAAGGUGCAUUGCACCAUUUUUCACUAGAAAAGUUAGCAUUGUUAUCUUUAGUGAAGGAGGUUACGCGCUCUCCCGAUCGCAAAAAGAUAGAACUUCUAACAUUUGAUAUCUUGUUUCGCCACUGCGACAUUCGCGCGAAAACUCGUAGUAGAAUGACGACGGCUACCACGUUUUCCCGCCAAAAUGACGCUGGCUUACGCGCGUGCUUUACUUAGUAUUGAGAAAAUCUCGUACUCGUAGUCGUACUCGUCUUAGAAUCUAAAGCUCUCCAGUAUUGUGCCCAUUGGCACUGGGAAAAUUGUUCAAACAAGGCCGCGCUGGGAAAGUACAGUCGGAGGUUAGGGCAGGGGCUCAACUCGGGACCUUCGCAGCACUCGCUGCCAGCCUUUCCCGUCAUAAGGGUGGUACGUUAGUUCGGGCCCCUGUUCUGUGCAGAUUACCUUAACUGAGGUUGAAAAUCUUACGCCUGAUGAGAUCGAUCGGCAAGCAAGGAUUUGUGACUAAAAGUAGUACUUUUUUAUAUUGUAAACGGAUUAAUGUGCUGUGUUGAGCGUUGAAGUCUUCGUUUUGUGUGUGAGUUUCGGCAGACUGAUAUUGAGUAUGAAAUUAUGGUUGUCAUUAAAUAGUGAAUGCUUAAUAUGACGUGUCACGCUAUGCAAUAAAUGUUCGUGGCCCUUUGAUUGCGUCGACUGGGUUUCACUGUACGUUUAAAGUUUAAAAAAGAGUAGUUCGUAAUCCAUGCACUGUUAUGCGAAUUUGCGUCUUUGUGAAACUCCUAGGUCAUGGCUGAAUUAGAUGCCGCAACAAAGAGGCUGGACCAAAGUGAAGGUGGAAAAAAUGCUCUUGUGGACCAGGUAAUCAUGGUUAAACUGCUGCAAUGUAACAAUGAAUAUUUUGACUCUGUUUCACUGGGUGUGAAAUAGUUGUCAUGUGUGACCAGUUGCACCCAUGUCAACCUAUCUAUAAACCGUCUGCUCAUAUUUAGGUCAUUAGAGGUCACUCACCAUCUUUACGGCCAGCAUUAACUUAGAUGCUAGGUACUUAGAGGUACAGUAGAGGUUUUCUCGCUCAUCAGCAGUGACAGCGUAAAGAGCAAAAAACUGAAAGAGAAAAAAAAAAUUGGGCACCUAGGGUACUGCCAGCAUAUAUAUAACCCCACCCUGCAAGUUAGGUUGAAGUCAACCGAAGCCAUUUCUCUGGUCUUUCAUGCUCAUUUGGUAGUUUGGCAUUGUAAAAAUUACUGUAUAUGUCUUGCAAUUAAUCCUGUAUUACGGAGGUGCAACUCCAAAUAUAUAUAUAUUACUUCUGGUGCUUCCCUAAAAACUGGUAAUUCUAUGGAUCUUUUUGCUUGCUGUUAUUUUUUAUUACCGUUUAUUUUUUAAGAAAAACUAUCAUGGAGUAAAACAAGCAUAGUGGCACUUACUCACACCGAUACCUAUAUGAAUGCCAAAGCAAUUACAGCAAGAUUUUGUUCUGUAGAAUGUUUUCCUUUUGAUAAGACAGUCAUUGAAAUAACUGUAGAAUUUAAUACUUUGCUUUCAAGCUGUAUCUUUGAAAGAACUGACUCGGAUACGUGGAAACGCAGAUAGGAGGAGUGACUGCACACCGAAUUUAUUCGAUUGAACGCCGCAGCGUUUAUUAAAUUUUUAGUGUUUCCAAUGCGGCGUUUAUUUCAAAGUCACUUUUCUUAAAUCACUGACAACAAAAUGUACGAUAAUUCAUUUGUGAACAUCAUGUAAAACAGAAAGGUGUUUAAAUUUUGAUUAUUUCGCUUUUUUUUUGCUGAGGUCGAAUAGUAAUUAUCCGGAUGAUGUAGUUUACUGAGUUGUACCGAGUUCUUUUUCUUUUUCCAUUUGAUUGGGUGCGGCGUUUAUUCGAGGGCAGUGUAUUAAUAAUGGUAACUUUAUUUCCAUCUACGGCCUUUGAUCAAGUAAAUACGAUAUCCAGGUGUCCGCGUAUCCUCCUUUCUUUAGGGUUCGCUUCAAAGUGGCAGGGUCUCCUGCACUUAAGCUCAAUCGUUUUCCAAAAGCAUCAACUUCAAAGUAAAUUGAAGGCCCGUUAACCUGGGGUCCUACCGCUCACGUAUAUUGUUAGCCCGCAAGCAAACUCUCCCCGAGUUCCCAGGGGUACGAGGGUCUGGGAGAGCGCCUCGGAGAGCUUGCUCGCAGGCUAUAUGUUAUGGCCGGACACUUACUUAACAUUUUUAAUCUACUCUUAAGGCAGAACAAUUACGUCAACAGUUUUCACGCGCCGAAAACGAAAAAAAUGAGCUGACUAAAAAAUUGGAAGAAGCUCAAAGUAAAUUAGAAGAAAAUGAAGCAGCUCGGAAACGACUUCAGGGACGAUUUGAGAGUCUGAGCCGACAGAUGGAAGAAGGACAAGGGGAUCGUGAGCGGCUAGUGGAACAACUUGAAAACCUUAGGGGACAGGUGAGAGGAUUAUUUGCCACUUUAGUAACGAGAAGGAAACCGGGCCGAUAUAACUUUCGCAAAGACUUCUGGGGACACAGAAAAUAAAUUGGCCAAUAGCUGACCGGUGCGUCCCUAGUAACGAUCACAGAAGUCUUUGCGAAAGCUAACUCGACCCAUUCCUUCUCAUUUCUAAAGUGUAGGCAUCCCAGACCUCCUAUAUUUCUUAUUUAACCUAUAUUUUGUUAGGAUUCUAUGAAGAGCCUAUAUCUCAAGAAAUCCUCGUAUAUUUCCUAUAAAUAGGAUAUCUGCAUUUUGCACCGUGAAGCAAUUUUGUUGUGAAUUGACAAAAUCAAAAUUCUUUAUCUGUAAACAUAUAUUUUUUUUAAUUCUAAUUUUUUUUCUAUAAAGAGCCUAUAUUUUGGCAGAAAAUUCCUAUAUUUUCCUAUAUUUCGAACUUGAACAGCCUAUUUUUCCUAUCAGAUUUUCCAAAAAGUGGCUGGGAUGCUUGAAAGUGGCGAAUUGUGGUUAAAAACUUGAAAACCUUGGGGAUAGUAACUAAUUCACAUUCGCAUAAAAGGCACCCCCUUGCCUCUUGAUGGACAAGUUAUGGGUGAAAUAAUUUUGCACAAGGUGUAGGGUCAGUGAGCUGAUAGAGGAAAUUUGUCAGCGCCGCUGAAGCGGAGGAGGGUUGGGAAACUUGCUUGCCCGUUGUUUAGUAGACUUGCGAGAAGAGAGCGAUUUGUUUGCAAAGGCGUAUAAAAGGCCUAGAGAAUUUCCCUGGGGUCCGUAUAGGGCCAAUAGAGUGCCUUACAAGGGAGCGCGAAGUUAUCUAGUUGAUAAAAUCGUCUUGCGGCGUUUACGCGAAUGAGAAUAGGUGAGAGCUUCAUUGUAGUUAACAACUUGAAAACCUUAAGGGAUAGGUCAGAGGUUCAUUGAAGUUAACGACUUGAAAAGCUUUGGGGACAAGUGAGAGGUUCAUUGUAAUUAACAACUUGAAAACCUUAAGGGACAGGUGUGAGGUUCACUAUAGUUAACAACUUGAAAACCUUGGGGAUAGGUGAGAGGCUAUUGUAGUUAACAACUGGAAACCUUACCUUAUUUUCAGGUUGCAAAAUCUGAGCGAGAAAAAGAUGAGAUAAUGCAGCAGGUAACAAGACUAACUCGGAACGCCGCUCAAAGACGUCAAUCAUUCGGUCCAACCGUUUCGUCUCAGUUCAGGAGAAGCCUGGGGCGAACUGAGGGGCCUGGAGGCGACUUCGCGUCUGAAAUGAGAAGGAACCUGGACCGAUUUGAGAUGGAACAGGAUCUGGAUCGUAGGCACAUGGGCGAGUCAUUUUACGAUGGACUGCCCGGCAGAAACUUCAGGGGAGGGGAUGGUGGCGGUGGGGACAGGUAAGUUAUUGUUAUCAGGCAAAUAGCUAGGAGCCCAUAACCGGAAGAGAGCUACUCCCAUACUAGACCUAUGUUACGGCAUUUUCAUGAAGGGUUUAUUUUUAGAAAGCACUUUUUCUCGUGAAAAUGGAAGCUCGGCUCUUUCUAUGUGCUCAUUAGUAGUGUGAUAGGAGGGCAAAGCUAAGAAUUUUCUAGAGGUACGCACUGAAUCGAUUAAAUUUGCGUUUGUGAAUAAUUACAAUGAGGUAGCUCUUUCUUUUGUGUAGGAUCGUGUUCUGUAGGCAACAGUUAUUGCCUUUGCUUCUUGCAAAAUCAGCACUUUUUUUAUUUGGCAGCAGUCAAAGCAGAGUGACGUAGGCGAAGAUAUUUCCUUCAGCAAUCGCUUUUUUUUGUCUUCUGUUUAUUCUUUUGCUUUGUUUUUCUAUUUUGGUUUUGGUUUUUUUAAAUUUCGAUAUUUUUCUAGGCACGCAUGUGCAUAGUAGCGUAAACGUCCUCAGUGAUGUGAAAGAGAAAAUUUAUGUCGUUAAAGCGUCAAAGACUACCCUUAGGCUUGGCUGACUGGUUUGUGGGACUUAAACGAUAUUCUAAAUUUGCGCCAAAUUAUAGUAAAAAUAAACUGUCUGUCAAAACACGGUGACCCAACCACAUACUUUCUCCGAGCUAUGAGCUUAAGGCGUUUCAGAAAGAAGGGAGUGUUAACAACAAUUAAGCCACAACAUUUGUUUAGUAGUCAACAAUGACGAUAGAAUAGUUACAUGCAAUUAAUCUCAAAUAACCUUUACUCUGGCGCCCUGUUCAUGACCCAUGUGUCCUGUGUAAGUUCGCCUGUAUUAUCAAUUAACUAUAGGCCAUUUCCUAGUUUCAAAAACUCUCACUUUCAAAACGAGACUAGGUGCGAAACCGAGUUUUAUCAGAAUGAAAAUGGAAAAAUCAUAUUUAUAUCAGUAGGUUGGCACUUAACCUCGCUUAGAAACAGGGGGUUGGGCCAACUCGGAAAUCGCAUAUUAAGCUGCGAGGCUGCACCCGAAAGAGCUUCGCUAGUUUGUUAGUCCACGUGAUGGUACUGCUAAAGAGCUUUCAUGUGAUUGGCUACACCAUAGCAUUUCAUCCACAGACUUAAAAAGUUAGGACUGUAUACUGAAUAGAUAGUACUAUUUGAACAUACUGCUGAAAGAGGUUUCGUUUGAAUAGCUACACCAUACGAUUUCCUCCACAGAAACAAAAGUUCAGAUUUCAUUACAUCACAAAAGAGGGUUCAUUACAUCACAAAAGAGGGUUUGUCACGCAUUCAUGAAUGCGUGACAAACGAACCCCAAAGGACGUCUGCGGGGAGGCUAGCACUGAUACAGAAUUGCUUUACUUUGUAGAAUUGAACUAUUAAACAGUUUGGAAGCGUUGCACCAAGACAUGGAUCGAAAGGACGAGCAGCAGGAGCGGUUACUCAGCCAGAUGAGAGAUUUACUGUCCAAGUAUGAAGAGAGCGAGGAACAAAAGAAACGAUUCGCGACCGAGCUGGAGACUGUUACCAAGAAACUCAAGGAGGCUACGAAAGAUGUGCAAGAACUUGAAGGACAGCUAGAAGACAAAGAGAAUCAACUGAGAGAGAGCGACAAGAAAAGAGCUGAGCUGAGGAACAAAGCUGUUCAGUCCAUUAAAGAGUAGGUUCCUUGUGGUUUUGACAGACUCUAAUUUGUACUAAUGGUCUAAUGGUCUGUGGCAUCCCUACAAGUUUGGGCGGGUCAUUUUAAACCUAGACUUAGGCCGCUUACCAUUUGUCAGAACUGACCGGCCAGACCAGUCCAGUCCCAAUGAGAAUUCCAACGUUAAACAGCCAGCAAGAUUAGUCUAUUUCUAAAUAGUAUGCGCGGCAGAAUCGGAUUGUACUUUCAGGGGUUUCGGUAGGGAGCAAAUUUAAGCAACGACGUUGACAACGUAAGGGAAAAAGUCGCUCCAAAAACAGAAUUUGCGUCCUUUCAAAUUUUAUCGCUUUUAUUUGGACGCGCUCUAUAUUUUAAGUGUAGGCGAUUUUUCCUGGAGUUGAAUUCUUAAGGACGUGGUGCGCGUGCAGAGCUCUCGUCAUGGGUGCUUAAGCUCCCUAAUAAGCGCCGACGUCACGUCCGACGCAACGCGUUGUCUACUUUGCUCAGGGAAGGCGGCUACUUUUUUCUAGAAAGAAGAAAAACUAGUUUGAUUGAUGUCCGAAACAGAAAAAUAUAUCAUCAGGUCUGAAUGAAAACGUAAAUAUGAUGUGUUUUCAUAAAGGCCCACUGCUUUUAUGUUAUGCUUUAGUUAUGUGAACGCUAUAUUUCAGUCAAUUUUUUACAGGUUUCUUACAGUUGGUUACUCCAUUCAAACCUGCUGGCUACUUCAAUUUUUAUAGAAACCCGUGACUUUCAAUAAGGGUUCUAUUAGCUUUGAAAGCAGUGAUUCAGAUGGAGUUCCCAGUGAAAGGGAAACUUCCCACCUACCCCUCCCUAAGCCAGCAUUAACACUUAAAUCUCACGUAGGGCAAAAUGUUGACUUAGGGGAGGGGUAGGUUGGCAGUUUCCCAGAAACGUAUAAGGAUCCGAAAUCUCUUGGAAUCUGGUACCUCCACCCCUAAACUCAUUUUUAUUGCUCAGUAAAUUCAAGGUAAUAGGAAUGCUAUUGAAGGUUGUGAUCGGUCAAAUCUAAAAACGCCUGCAAAAACAUAUUACAAAGAAGUCUGUACGGGCUUCAAAACCAUUGAGCUUUAUUGACUAUGGUGUAACUGUUACUCGUAAUGUUUUCUAUAUUCCUAGAUAUCGUACAAAAUGCAAGAGACUGGAACGAGAAGCUGAACAGGGGCUUCAAGUACAUGAACCAGUGGUUGGUACAAGUGUUUGUCUGUUUGUUUGGUUGGUUGUGUGUGUUUUUUUUUCGAGGCUACACGAUCUCUUCUGCCACGUUCCCCAACUCCUUUCCUCCUCCAGUAUACUUUUAGCAGCGCUUGAUGUUUAAAACGUUGUUACCUUUUACAAAGAGUAUAUAAUUAUAGCAACUUGUUGGUUCAAAUUGUACAUAACACCUGUUUAAUUUGCUCGCGAGAUGCAGAUAAUUAAGGGUGUGGCUUUGAUCAGUGUCAGUGUUCAGUGUACUCGCUCAUGUCUUGUGACUUCCCUAAGCCUGUCAAUAGCUUGCAUGAUAUUUUCAUGUACUUAAUAGAGACCUUUAGAUGCGCGUAUUCUCAACAUAUAGACUCCCCAGAAAGCUUUAUUUUACCAUUUUUUGACUAGAAAAGCUAGCACUGUUAUCUUUAGUGAAGGAAGUUACGUCCUCUCCCGAUCGCAAAAUGAUAAACUUCUUACAUUUAAUAACUUGUUUCCAACACUUCAGUUUUCUCGCUAAGACUCGUAGUAGAGAGACGACGGCUACCAAGUUUCCCCGCCAAAAUGACGCUGACUCUCGAACUCGUUGUCGUACUCGUCCUAGAAGCUAUAGGUCUCUAAUAUCUAUUUCAGUUUCAUCGCAUUGGGUUGCUAAUUAAGUCAAAAGUAGCGUUAAAAAGAGAGACAUGAAUAGACCGAUCACUCAGUUACGCUGCCUUUGAGUGCCACUAUUCAUAACAAUCAUAACAUAUUAAUGUUAUUAAUUUAUGCCUAGUUGGUUCUUUUAAUUAUAAAGUAUCUCUGCUUUCACAAAUACAGUCGAACCUCCACUAACGGCCACUUUUUUUGGCGGACAGUCCAUACAUUGACUCUUGUUUCAACCCCUCUACAGUGGCCUCUUUCUCCUGUCUCCAACGUCGACGUUGUGGAGAGCGUCAACUGUACAGCGAGUCAUUUAUUAAUGAAUUCUCGUUAGAGCGAUUUUCGUUUGACCUUGAAAAAUGGUUUCCGAAAGCGUUUGUUAUUUGUUUUAUCAGCCAAUGGAUGAAAAGAACAAAACAUGGACUCCUCGUUUUCCCGCCAAAGAAAACCCUAAUAUGGAGAAGGCAUUGUUCCAUUGACCAAUCGUGUUGCAGUAUGACGUCAAAGCAACUUCUAGAAAGUUCUUCGGGCAUGAAGUUUUUUUCCGCCGAGCGUUUGCUUAACCAACCAAAAGCCAGGUGCGUUUGUUUCCGUUCGAUAAACCAAUCAAAUCGCUUUAUUUCCGUUCGUUUGUUGUUUUUGUUUUGUUCGCGCGUUUUCAUUUCAAGGUCAUACGAAUAUCGUUCUAUAACCCACACUCAAGCCACUAAUUGUUCUUUACCGAGUCAGUCUUGUCAAUCCUCGAUCCUCUCACCUGAGACUUGUCUCAUAUUCGGUUUUUCAUUACAGAGGGAAAUGAAAGAAAUAAAAGAGUUACGCUCUAAAGUGGCCAAACUAGUGUCCAAACUCCAAGAGGAAGCAGAGCAUCGACAGGUGAGUGCAGGGGAAUGGGACUAGUCUUUGAGAGACAAGCUCAGUGGGAGCUAGUGACCUAAGAGACAAUGUGAAACUGUAUCCUCCACUUAGCAAAAAUAUUAAAACUUCGUUUUCUUGAUUUUCAUGUGAUAUUGUUAAAGGCUAGGAAAUAUAUACUUAGGUCAGAUAAAGAGAUUCUGCAGAGUAAACUCAAGAAAUUCUUGGGGAAUAAACUACAGUAUUACAACGAUGAAAGCGGACUACAACUCAUCAAAUCUUAUGUCACCACCAACGUACUGUACCGAAAUGUUUUUCUUAUCGAGUUUGUUCUCUCUUUAAUUUAUAAAAUUCUCUCCUUUCAUCAUUUUUUUUUUCAAAUCUUGUUUGAAGACAAUAAAUCAACUUGAUUUAUUAUCAUGAAACAAGACCAUCGGUCCUCGGUGAACUACUCUUCGAAAGAACUGUUACUUAAAAGUCAAAGUACGUUACAAGCCUCAUGUUUUCCCUCGCUGUUGCUCACGUUUUUUUUAACCUUCAUCAACCUCGGCCUGGUCACUACUAACUGAACAGACAAACGAUAUUUUUUUUUUCGUGCGACCAAAUAAACUAAUUUUUUGUUGCUUGUAGAAUGUCUAAAUCUGGACGUAUUGUUUCCAUUUUUAUCUUCAGAAUUACGAGGAACGUAUUUUGGAAGCGAGACAUCAGGAAAGAGCCACAAAGGAGGAAGCAGCCUCACUAUAUGCUCAACUACAACAAGUAUGUUGACAUCGCCAUGGUUUCCUUUUACAAUUUCUCUUAAUACAUUUGCUUGGCUUGCUUUACAAUUAAACCUUCCUCAUUAUUAAGUCAGUUUUAAGGUGGGUAUGAGCCUCCCCAAGUCUCAAAGUUUUCUUCCCAUUUUUUUUUUUUUGUCAAACAAAUGUGUGUUUGCCUUACACUUCUGUUAAGGCGAGGGUUACUGUACUAUAUGUUGCGUCUUCGAAACGCGAAAAAACUGACUGCGUGCGAGAGACGCGACAAGUCAAGCGAGAUUUCGCGUAGCUUCCUCUUCCGCGCGUGCUUGGAUGUUUCCUUUAUAGAGGGGCUGUCACUAAGAUUUCAAGUUGCCGGGUAAAUACAACAAGUAGGCAGGGAAUCAAACCAGCUAGGGAUUUCUUUAGGUUCUUUUUUUUUCUGUUUUACUAUGAAAGCAGCCGGGGGCCACGUUCUUAGUAGCGGAGGGAAAUCCCCGGCCCCCGCUUCUUAAUGACAGCCCUGUUUCUAACCCGUAUAUCUUAAAAAAGAGAGAGUAACGGUUGAACAUUCAUCUGUUACAGGAACGAGACGCUCAUACGAAUGCUUUGAGGGAGCUUGAGGAACAGAUCCAGGCCCUCACGGUUGGUUCCUUUUUGCUACUCAACACCAUAUUACUUUGUAAAGAGCUGAGCAUUGAAAUACUUAGUUGGGGCGAGAGAUGUCAAAAUGGUGAGCGGGUUAGGGUUGAGACAUUCGGAUCUUGGUUCUCCUCCUAACAUUCGCGUUGUUAGUCAUCAAUAAAACAAAGGGAAUGUUACCAUAACUCAGGGUAUGAGAUCCUUAUUACCAUUUUGGAAAUUCUAGCUCUAAAUAGACCUUUCCCGCAUUCCUGUAAACAAAGGCGUCAAGUCGAGGCUUGGGUGGAGAAAAUACAGUGGUUUGUAUGAAAUUGUCCACCCGGGCCUCGACCUCAUUUCUUUAUGUUUGCUCACUGGAGCGUAAUGCGGGAAAAGGUCUAUUUCUACAAAAAAUUACUAACAAUUUGAGAAGCUAUAUCAAACACUCGACUCAGUUUUCUUUUCAGAUAUGCAGACACCUCGAAAACCUUUUUGAUAGAAUCGGCUGCACCCUCCCCCCUUUUUUUCUUUUUUCUAUGCGAUGACUGGACAUCAGGCUCCAAAUGUUCAAAAGCUGAAUAUCACUAUCCACCGGAUAAAUCACUAUCCAGUGAAAAGUAUUAGAGAAAACCAAUUGCGCUUUCCAGUGGAUAGUGAUUUAUCCUGUGGAUAGCGUUAUCCACCUUUUGAACAACUGGGGCCAGAAGAAACACUCCCUGUCGUACUUGGUCUUAUUACAGCAAAUCUUUUUGCUACAUACCAACUUUCUUCCCACGCUCAGAGGUUAAAUUGAGUACGGGAAAACGUUAUGCUUGGAUAACAAUCGCCUGUUGUGUGCCUACACACUAUAAACCUUGUCACGGUUUUCGACGCCAUCUUGACGAGUAGGCAAACGCGUGAGAAAUUACAGUGUUUGUAUGAGAAUCUAAUGUCGAAUAAUUACCGUAAAACGGCUGUUCUGAACAAAAUAUCAAUUUUAACUACAGCUACAAAGCAAAGGAUUGUCCAAAAAAAUUUGGGGCGUAUCUGUGCUUAAAUUUCUCCAGAGGCUUUCUUUAGAUUUUCCAUAUAUUUGUCUGUAAUUUUUCCGGGACUUUCUUACAGACAAAUGUAUAGAAAAUUUUAAAAAGUGGUUCUAGGUCUUCUAGAGCAUGUAACGCCCUCAAAUUUUUUCAAGAGAAUCCUUAGGAGUAAAACUUUAGUUUACAAAUCAUAUUUUUCUCAGAACAGCCGUUUUACGGAAAUUAUUCGACAUUAGAUUCUCAUACAAUCACUGUAAUUUCUCACGCGUUUGCUUACUCGUCAAGAUGGCGUCGAAAACCGUGACAAGGUCUAUUCUUCGUUUUUUCUUUUCACUUAUUUGUACUCAACUGUUCUUUCUUAGGCUAAUCACGAGCUAGCUCUUCAAGACGCAGCUAAAAAGGCUAAUAAACAGAGAGGAGAAAUAGAAGAGCAAAUCGCAGACAUGAAGGUACUUAUGGUGAUCGACGUGUAAUUUCUCCUCAUUCUGUUACUGCUAAUCAACCUUAAAUCCCGUGAGAAUAAAGAAAACAAUCAGCCUUUAUUGGUAGCGUAAGAAAUGCAUUACGAAGAGUGUGAAGAACAUGUGUGUUGAUACGUUGGCUGACGUCUCGCAACGCUCUCCCGCGAGAGAAGAAUUGGGUAACGACCCAAAUAACGGCUGCGCAGAGAAGACUUAGGCCCCGUCCACAGGUAUCAGUUUUGGUUUGAAAACGGAGAUUUUUUUCCGGUUUAGCCUACCUUUCACAUGUAUCCAUUGAAAAUGGUUACCGAAAACGCAUCUUCAAAAACGCUGGACAUUUUAGAAAACUCCGUUUUGCUGUACUCGUGUGGAUGGAUGAAAACGGAAGUAUGUAAAAAAAAUUACGUUACGGGCUUAGAUACCAGUAAUGCGCAUGCUCCCAUCAAAGCUGUUACCAUUUUUAGUAACCAUUAUGUUUUCGUGUAGACGAGCAAAGACGAUUUAAGUACAUUGUUUGAUUCAAAACAUUAAUUUGUUCUUGAAAUACUCAGAUUCAGCUUGCGGAUGAAAAGUCCACGAUAAAAGCCAUGCGAAAACGUCAAGAAAAGGACAGAGAAGAAAUGGAGAAACUGCAGACUGAACUGAAUGUGUAAGUUAAUCACGUGGAAUCCAAGUCUCCUUCUCGCAAUACUUCUCUCCAUGCGUUAUUUUAAAAUUGAGCGGGAAAAUUUUCGCGUGCCCCGCUGCGGACUGGCGGGGAAAAAAAUUGUUUACAAAUUACAACGCUGUUUCGUCUCCCCGGCGUGUUAUAUAAGACUUUUUAUUUGUUUUUUCGCUCUUUCAUUAUUAUAAAGCAAGCCAACAAAGGGGAAAAGAAAUAUUUGGUCAAGUGCUUCAUUAUGUGAGGACAAACUUCUUGACACUGUUUUUAAAACCCUGCUUUUGAGAGCCCAAAGUUGGCAACAAAUUCAGAGGUCAACUACCCUUUCGCCUUCUUUCCGUCUUUCUCGGGCUCCUCAAUUUUUCCAAAAGAGCAUUUUUUUUUCAACUAUUCUACGGCAAAUGACGUUUUUUUGUAAUCAGCGAAGAAUUCUCCAUCCUCAUGAAAAAGGUCUUCAAGAUCUUACCCUUGCGACAAAUCGCAACACAACGGCGUAACUUUGAAACACACGCCAUGAUGGAUUGCCGUUGCUACGGGCAACAUUCACUUGAAAACGGGUCCAGGAAUGGAAAUAGGACGCAAAAAGGAAGCGAACUUUUUCUACUCGUACAAAUGGAAGAAAUUGCGUCUUAUUUAGGACGCGUUAUAUUUUUUCUGGUAUAAAUGGUCCUUUUGUGGCCUAUUAGUUUUUAAUAAUGUUUAUUUUUAAAUUUAAUAAACUGUUUCUAACCUGAAAAUGGAUGUGUUAAUGAUAGUGACUUUUUUUCUGCGUAGAGCAAACGAAGAAAACAAUAAGUUAAAAACACGCUACGAACAGGCGAAGGAGGAAAUAGAAAACUUGGUAAGUAAGCUAAAGAUUUACCUAUGUUACAGGAAAUGUGUACAAACCUAGAAACGAGGAGGAUGUCUGAGACAAAAAUUGUGGAAUUAGUUCAACUUAAGGUUUUGAGUUAGAAGUUGUCCCUCCUAGCAGUUGCAGUAAGUUCGAGCCUCUAGAACUUUUGAAAGUUGAAAAUGGUCAGAUGUGGCAUGCAAUUGACUUCAAUGCAGAUAAAAGUAACUUUUUAGUCGGUAAUUCCAGCGAUAGUUGAUCCAAUGGAGCCUUGGCCAUAGCAUUAAACCUCUCGUACCCUAAAUUUUCAGCCACUGUGAGGGCAAUGUGCCCUCACUUACCCCUGGGAUAUUUGGGUGAGUACCGGACCAAGUUUGCGACGAAAAUCGAGUUUAGUUUCUUUAUCUUUUCUUUGUUGUGGAUAAUCAAGCAGCCAUUUAUUAAGCUCGCGACAAGACUCGACGUAGGGGACAAUUUUCCGCUCGUUCAAGUGGUCACCCAUCACGUUUUCUCUAAAAGAAAAAAAACAACUCGUUGGCUCUUUCUCGAGGCACCCUAGGACAGGGAGAGCCAUGUCCUUCCUAACAACAAAUCUUAUGCCGUGAGCCCGCCAUCACUUACCAAGAAAUAUAUAGAUUACCAACCAUCACUCACCAUUUUUUCUGUGGUGGUACCUUGUUAACUCCUUAUCUUGUUAAAUCUUAUAGAAAGAAAAAAUCGAAGUAAAUCAAGCAAGGUAUGUUCCACUAUCUUUGUUUCCGCGAACGUAUUUGUGGAUUGAUAGAGAGGUUAAGCAUCACGUUUACGUCAAACAGCAAACGCGAAUUUGUACCACGUGACCAAGUUUCCCUUUACUUGUCGUUGACUGUUCAUUUUUUCUACACAUACAUUGGUUGUUUCAAGCAAUUUUUUAUCCAUAAAAAUUGUUUUGAGCUGUUUUUAUCUUCUCAUUUUCUAUUUUGAGAAAUUCUCAACUUGAAUCUGCCGUUUGCCGUAUACGUGAAGCUUAAGCUCUCUAAUGAGAUUUCACAUGUUUCUCUUCAUAAAAACAACGUAAGGAGUAUGAGUUUAUGUUGUUACCAUUACAGGAUUUCCCAGUUGGAAGACGCCUUGAAGCGUAAUCAGUACGAACUGGAAAAAGCUGUCGAAGAACAACAGGUAAUUUAAACAUGACAAUUAAUUCUAUGCAUGUCACAUAGUCACUGAUGUGUUUUGGGGACGAGAGAAAAUUGGGUACAAGAGUAAAUUAAAGGGCUCUUCUUAUGAUACCGAAAUGACUAUCAUUCUGGAACGAGUUUAUUCCAUUUCCACAUAUUUUUCUGUAUUUGUUAACAUCAUAGGGAAACGGCAUUCUAAAUCUAAAUCUAAAUUGGAAGUGUAUAAUCUCUCAUAUGGGAUAUUCGAUACAGGGGUGGUUAGCGGCAUUAAGCGCAAUAAUGACUUGAAUUUAAGAUCUCAGUGGUGUCCAAAUGAGACAGUCCAUAUUUGAAUAACUGAACUAAGGUAGUACUGCGUAAUGUCAAAGGUGACGAGUUCUGUUCAGGGAUCGUGCGAGGGAAAAAGGAAAAUCUAUAACAGUUUUUGUUAGAUCAGCAGAUGACGGAAUGACAGAUAAUUAGUAUGAUGUAAGGGUUGCAUCAGUGGAGACAUUAACUAGACCGAAGAGUCAGGCGGGCAAUUUCGUUCCCGUACAUUCUGGUUUUCAUUCCAAAUAAAAUUCUCGUUCUGGAACGAAAUUUCAUUUCAUGCAAAGUCUAAACGAAACUCUGGAAAAUCGCAAAUCGUGUAGUCUGGGUCGACUGGCGCAUGCAUAUCUGAUGUUGCUCGAAAACCACGCGAGUGAAAACGCCUUAGAAGGGGCCCAGUCGCCGUUUUUAUUAUGUGAAUGUGAGAGCUAACUUAAGCUUGGACAGUACAGUCCUCUCUUUCUCUCUCUUAACGGACAUGUCUGGGAGACUGGGAGACGGACUCUUCUUAUAAUGGACACCUAGAGAUGGUCCCUAGCAGUCGCAAAAGUGCCGGUCCUAUCGGAGCCUAUCGUUUAGAGCGAGUAGAUAGACUACUGAAGAAUUACACACGUGCAUCUACCCAUGUAGAUGUGUCUACAACUGACUUUGGAAAGGAAGAUUUUUCACAACAUGCCCUAAUUACCACGGAAUGUCAUUUUUGACAAUGGUUACACGUAUUAAAGUUCUGUGUGGAAGCCAGUCGUAAACAGCCAAGACCUUGGCAGCAACUAGUGAUGCAUGAGUAUUGAACUUCGCAAAAGUUCGUGGCAUUUCAUUUCGCUUCGUUUCUUAUCUAGUAAAAGAAGGGAUUUUCGAAAGAAGCCGUCGAUCUUCCCAUAUUCACAGUUCGGAGGGAUUCGAAUUACUUUUGUGUAACCUAUCUGGUUUCUUUAUCUUUUGCAGUCUAGUCUACAGAAGGUUGAUGAUCAGCUAGACCGAGUAAUUGAGCAGGUCUGUAGGGAUUCUGACACACCCCUUCCGGUGAGUAUAUCAACCGAAAUCAGUCAAAUAAAUGACACCCUACUCUACGCCCUCUAAUUUCCAUUCCCCAUCCCAGGGAUUCUGACACACCCGUUCUGGUGAGUACGUCGACCGAAAUCGCCCAAAUAAAUGUUACCUCACUCUAUAUCCUCUUAUUUCCAUUCCCCAUCCCCGGGAUUCUGACACACCCCUUCUGGUGACUACGUCGACCGAAAUCGCCCAAGUAAAUGUUACCUCUCUCUAUGUCCUCUUCUUUUUAAUCCCCACCCCAGGGAUUCCGACACACCCCUUCUGGUGAAUGUGUCGACCGAAAUCACCUAAAUAAAUGUUACCUCACUCUAUGCCCUCUUAUUUUCAUGUCCCAUCCAAGGGAUUCCGACACACCCCUUCUCGUGAGCACGUCGACCGAAAUCACCUAAAUAAAUGUUACUUCACUCUGUGUCCUCUCAUUUCCAAUCCCCAUCCCAGGGAUUCUGACACAAAUUUUGCUUCGGUUUUUCGUCAUUAAAAAAGUGCCUCUGCAAGGGCGAAGGAUCCCAAGCAAGUACCGACGCCAUUGUCCACUUACUUGUUCGAAGCCAAAAGAAGAGACCUAAUGUAAAUUUUACAAGAGCUUGUACAGUUUCGAGUGUAUCGUGCAAAGAAACACGGCACGAAUUUUCACUUGUUGCUUAAGAUGCGAGACAGUCUUUCUACUGUCCAUUACAAAACCGUUAGUCCCAAUUCGUCAAAAAAAGAGACCUUUUCAUGUUUCCCAUUUUGUUGUCUUGGCAGAUUAACAACUUAUUACUGUUUAUUGUUAUUUGUAGUCUUUGCUCGCUAAUGGAAGCAUACGAAACAACUCCCAACACUGGAUCGCCGACAUGAUAGUGAGUAUGAUUAGCGGUUAAUUCGCCCGUAAAGAAUCCGAUUCGCCUUGGCGAGCGGAACCCGAAAGCUGAGAAAAAUUUAUUUAUCUAUCCAUCCAAGAAAUUUUGGAAGUCACGUAACCGUACGUCUGCCCGACCGCCCGUCUGCCCGUCCGUCCGCAGCACAGAGAAACCAAUGUGAAAUGUCACACUUUCUAGCUUGUUGUGGAACCUGCAAUCCGCCUGCAACCUGAUUCUGCACAUCCAUGUUGUGGUUAAUUGACAGCUGUCAAAACAGGGUAUUCGCUGACCAGUAUUACAUGACCGUAUCGCGGACUCAGGUGCCGGCCCAUCAAGGUUACGUGUUUUUUUGAAGUUCUGCGCUGACAAAUUCCUAGUUUUCAACUGAUCGCAGGCUAAACUCCAAGUGGAUUUCUUGGCAACUCAUGGUUAUAAGUUUAUUGUGUGAAGUAAAUGAUAAAUUCAUUAACUGGUGCUUCGCCUUUAGCCUUGGCUAAAUCUAUGUAUUACAUUACAUGGCAUAACAUCGGUGUCGUUUUUGGCAUCACUUUGGCCAAGGAGGGAUUCGAAAACAAGUCAAUAUGGUGAAGUUGUUUUUUUCUUUUUGUAGGGCAAAUUUCGUUGGCUUUCUGAAGAGCUGAAGGCUCGCCUCGCAACCGAACGGAGACUCAAAGAACAAGCAGAAUGGAGCCACAAGAGAAUCAGGGUUUGUAGAAGAUCCUUUAAAGUUGGUGCUUUUCACAGUAGACCUCAAGUAGUCGUUCAUUAGGCGAGUGAGCGAUCCCUGAGGCGCAUGGCAAGCGUGGAACGUAUGGAAGCGUAUUUUUCUUAUGAGAGUAUUUUCGCGCGUUCUUGUGGGUUUGCAAGACAUUUUAAAAUUUUUGUUCUUUUUUUUGCGUUGUUAGGAUGUCGUACAGAAAGCGGAUGAAGAUAAGGAAUACUUUAUAUCUGAGCUGGAUAAACAGAGCAUGUUACUCGAUGAACUAGCGGCACAAAAGAAAGGUAAUCACGUAAAAUCUUGAAAAUCACAGAUUAUCAUUAGAAUGAGAUGGGCCAAUGGCCGACCCAGGGGGAGGGCUCAGGGGUUUUUUACCGCCUAAAUACACUCACAGGCGAAAUAAACCUACACCCAUGAUAAAUCAAUACAUCUAAAAAGAAGAUGAAGGCUGUCUAGGGUUCAUAUUUCCAUUUUUGUUCAAGUUUGUUUUUUCGAAAAAUUUUCUGACAUUGGUUAUGUUAUUUUAUUCAGGUUUAGAGUCCAAGAACAAACAGAAUACGGACAACAUCAAGGCUCUUCAGGUAACUUAUUUAUUUCUAAAGUUUACUCUCCAACCCAGGGCGUUUACAGGUUUUGUCUUUUAUUUUUGGUCGUUUUUAUUAAGAAAACAGGGCUCCUUAGAUAGCUUUUAAAGUGGCUUUUUCAAUUCACAUAAGCGUUUUGACAUGUUUCCUCUGUGUAAUCUGUACGAGUAAAAAGACAAUCAGAGCAUCACCUUUGCUUAUUAUUGAUAUAUUCACCACCAUCACCACUGUUAUCGCCAAUACCUUUCUCGUCAACACCAUUACCGUCGCCAAUACCAUUUCCAUCACCAUUUUCAUUACCAUCGAUAGUACCAUCACCAUAACUCCGCUGUUACUAUCAUUGUGACUAUCACCACCAACGUCAUCAAUACCAUCAUCAUCGCCAUAAUGCUGUCACCAUUACCAACACCAUCACCUUUAUCAUUUGUCAUCGUCAUGAUCAUUACCAAUGCCAAUACCAUCAUCAUCACCAUAUUGCCAUCGCCAUUACCAACACCAUCACUAUCACCGACGCCAAUACCAUCAUCGUCACCAUAUGGCCAUCACCAUUACCAACACCAUCACCAUUAUCAUUUGUCAUCGCCAUGAUCAUUAUCAAUGCCAAUACCAUCAUCAUUACCAUAUUGCAAUCGCCAUUACCAACACCAUCACUAUCACCAACGCCAAUACCAUCAUCGUCACCAUAUGACCAUCACCAUUACCAACACCAUCACCAUUAUCAUUUGUCAUCGCCAUGAUCAUUACCAAUGCCAAUACCAUCAUCAUUACCAUAUUGCCAUCGCCAUUACCAACACCAUCACUAUCACCAUUACUAUCACUAAUGCCAAUACCAUCAUCGUCACUAUAACCAACACCAUCCAUCACCAUGAUCAUUACCAUUCCAUUACUAACACCAACACCAUGAUCAUCACCAAUACCAUCGCCUCUACCAUCAUUAUUAUCAAUACCAUUACCGCUACCGCCAUCAUCUUUAUUGUUAUCACGAACUCCAGAAAGGAUAAAUGUACUUGUCUAGAGUGUUACCAUCAUUCCCAUUGUUGUACCACUACCCUUACUAACACCGUUACCAUCACUGUUACCAUCGCUAUUACCACCACUUUCACCACUCAUUCCACUAUCAUUAUCCCCUUUAUCAAGAGAUCAGCACCAUCAGCACUUUUUCGUGAAUUUAUCAUGCGUUUAUUUCUUUGUUUAACCAGGAUAGGAUAACUCAGUUGACCUCGCAUCUCGAAACGGUAAGUGCUAUGCCAAUACAAUCUUUUCCUCAGUGUACGAUACGAUCAAUUGUAAAUGAUGAACUAAAACCAAAUGCAGUUUAUGGCACAAUUGAUUAUUUUUUUCUGACGCUGUUAAGGUACGGCAUUUUAUACGUUAUUUUGCAUUGAGACGUAUUAGGCCAUCCCCUUUUGUUUUUCGUUUAGCGUCGAAUUCGUUUUCUGAUAUUGGGUCGGUCGGUCGGAUUGAAAAAAAGAAGCUAAAAAAAAGUCACAAGAAGUUUCGGAAUAGGAGGCCCCGGUAACCCAGGACGACGUUAAAAGUUAAGAUUCACGUAUUUGGAUUAACAAAAUACACAAAUACUGUAAAAAAAUUUUCCUGUUUUUCUCUAUGCUGUUACUGUGCUCAUUUUUCAGAUUAAAAGAAUUAUUUCAAGUGAAAAAUGGUUCAACUACGUCGUUCCUUUUUUUUCUCUUUUUAAAAUGCCAAAAAUUUGGGUCGGUCGGAGAACGCUAAACGGAGAAAAAAAGAGGAUGGCCUUAGAAUCGAAAAAAAUGCCAGUGUGAUCUAUAAAUUGGCCAACGUUUUUCUCGUACAAAUUCAAACCUUUUCGUUCUACUACAGCAGAACCUCCUUAAGCGACCAGCGAUCCAAACACCAAAAUUUUCCCCGUCAAUUUUAUGGUUGGAAUGUCCCCUAAACGACCAUCCCUCGUUAGCAAUCACGACCCCGUUUUGGAUGACGAUUUUACAAUUUUUACUGUUGUUAACCUCUUGAAAACGACAUGACUUGACACGUGAGCUGAUCUCUAAGUUUGCUGUAUGUACUACACCACCCAGAGAAUACAAAAAAUGUUUAGUGACAACGUGGAAAUACAUAUUUUCUCGUAACUUAAAUUUUCCACCGAAAGUUACAUCGGUCGAAACUCCCCUCGGAAGAGAUCCCCUGUUCUAUUCUCUUAAAAUUAAUGACCUCUAAAUCUUUGCAUUUUGGGAUGUCUCUUACGGGAAGUUCGACUGUAUAUGAAAAUAGUGUUGAAUUACGUGAUUGUGCUUGUUUGUGUAGAGUACACGAGCUUUACACGCCACGGCUGAAGCUCUGGACGACCGACAAAAGGUUCUAGAAGAAUUUGAAGGUUUACGGGUAAGAUACUACUAUGAUAUGGAAGUUACAGAUUAACUCUGACAUUAAAUAGAUUUAAAAACCUCAGUGAUUUAUUGUCAGAGAAAUAGCGAUAUAUUGCUUUUGUUUUUUUAUUUUCCCAGCGCCUUCAUGUUCAAUUCUUAAAUUCUUAUCACGUGAUAUGGUUGUCUAGUUGUUGUAGACAGAAGAAUUUUGCUUGUUAUCAUUAUUGGUUAAUCGUGUGACCUCAACGUCAUUCAUAGCGUUCAUAUCCCGUGCAAGCCUGAAUUUCUGCAGGCUUUCUUUGGUAACUGCAAAAGUGGCGUUCAUAACUGCGUUGAUCGUUUUUACUUUUAAUUCUUCUUCCGGCAGUUCAUAUACCAAUUCUUUCACUCGCCACUUGCACAUUUCCCAUAAUCCACCUUAUUUGCCCCCGAGAGUUUUGCAUAACCUUUGUUUUCUAUUUCUCCUGGGUAUUACAGCCGUCCCAAGACAGAUUGAAAACAAUGCUUAUGCAAAAUUUUGGGGGGCAAAUAAGGUGCAUUAUGGGACAUGUGCAAGUGGCGAAUUGUAUUGCUUCUUUGUUUUCAAAUUGCUUUGCCACUACGGUUUCAGUGCCUGCAAAAGGUACAUACUGAUAUUGUAGGGAUAAACUUGUCGUUUGUGAUAAACUGUACAAAAACCUUUUUUUGGUGGCUUGUUUCAGGGGCAACAGAGAGAAAGAGACAAACUUCACGACAAGUAUGUCAGGUUAGUAUUUUGCUGCGCUUUGGUGAAGUUAAAGGGAGUCAAGAUAAACAGAGACAAUAGAAGCAAUAAUAGCAAUUACAAUUCGAUGUCAGAUGUCCGUUAAAUGUGAUACGGUAAAAUCUCUCGCCAAUAGUAACACAUAGUAUAAAUAGUUCCCACUGCAUUUAAGUCGAUAAGUUAGUAAAACGCAAUGACGAUUCGGUGCUACAAUUUAAUAUAAUUUUUUUUGUUCGAGCAACGUGAAGUUUGUCGUAGUUUAGCGUUCUGUGUCAAGGCACACUUGCGCACUUGCUCUGCAAUUUUAUCAACAACCUGCCUAAUCUCCAGGUCCCAACACAUUGCGGAAAACAGAACGCAAGGCAUUUUGGGAAAAGUACAGACUAUCCUUUUGAAAACAAUACGCAUGUUACUUUAAGGGCAACAAGGAACGCCUGCAAACGAAUCAGAGUAACGACCGUCUUUGUAACAUGAUGUGGAACGUAAAAUGCAUCUGGUAAAGCUCACUUUUCGUUUCUUUGUUAGGUAUAAAGAAAGAGUUGGCAGUAUUCGUCGAGAAUUACAAGGAGCGAAAUCAAUGGCGGAGGACUACAGGGUGAGAAAAAAUUGCCAUCUUACUGUCAUCUAGCCGGCGAGCAAGCUCUCCAUUUGGGGAUAUCGUGAAAAGUAGACGCGCGAGAGGCACACGAGAGGAGACGCGAAAGCGGGUGGCUGGGGAGACAAAAGAAAAUUUAUAAGAGAUCGUCGCAAGCUCUCCUUCCCUCGGCUCCUCGCGGCUCUGCCGCUCGCUCGCGCGUUCUCGCGCGGCUUGUUUCGUUCGCCCAAAUAGGAGAGCUUGCUCGCAGGCUAACUGCCAUCAUAUUAUUGGCAUCGUUUUAAAGUUGUGUUACAUAUUUAAAUAUCUUGUUGGGACCUUCACUGCUUGAAAUGAUCGACAAAAUGUCAUCUAACGGAUAUCCGUUUCUUUGAACAGCAAGAGGGUCUGGACGCCAGCAAUUUGUCCACAAGACUAUUGGAGGUAAUGAAAAACACUACGAUUAGCCGCUCUAAUUUCUUAGUCCGCGUGCGAGAAAAAGUAUACACGCCACGCGUGUGUUACGCGUGCCACUCUACUAAGGCCUCGUCCGCACGAAUCCAGAUAUGUUUCAACAGCAUAUAGCUCACUUCGGUGAAGAGUGAUAGCCUGGGACCCAAACUAGGCGCGUGUACAUUUAUGGGAUUAUUUGCGGGGGGGGGGGGAGCACAUGUAAACAAACAUGGCGGAAAGCGAAGUGGAAUGUUUCAAGGGAGUUCCUGAAGUUAUUUGUACACAAAGGCACACAACAACUGGCACGUCUCGUCAUAAUACAAGGUGGCUGCUCGACGUGUUCCCCCAAACAAUUCCAUAACUGCAGCGCGCUUAGUUUGGGUCCCAGGCUAUCACUCUUUUCCAAAGUGAGAUAUUGUUUUACAAGAUUCACCCUUUCGUCCACACAAAACCAGUGAAUCCGCUGAGCGAACCCGGCUGUUUUUGAAGCCGCUCUACAGAGUCCACAGGAAUCCGGGUAAAACAAUAUACAGUUUCAAACAUUUCCGAAUUUGUGGGGACGGGGUUCCAAAUUUGAGGAAAAGAUAAGGGGGCUGCAAGCAGUCUCGGCAAAAAAAACUCUGUUUUAACCGAAGUAUGUCGAUUUGGUCGUUUUUGUUUUGUUUUUGUUUUUGUUUUUUUUCGAUUUUUUCCAUUGGUGCUCGAGAUUCAGUUUGAUUUGUAUGUUGUCUUUUUAGAGUCUAGAUCGCAUCUCCAGUCCAAAAGCCAAACAACGAAGACUUCAUCAGUUUCCAGACACGCCACCAACUAAUUUAAGGUAAGUGCGUAGACUAAAUCGCGUAAUUAUGCCAUUAUAUGUUACAAAUUCUUCUUCCUUGAUUGCAACGUUUUACCCUAUUCCUUUGAAGGGGCGAUAAAAUUCGUUGCCCAAUUUCCCUAAAUUGAUAGAUGAAUGCCAUUUAGGAUCGUUUUGGUUGUACUUGUUUAUUAUCUCAUUCAACAAAUAAUAACUUUCUUUACUUUGAAUAUAUUUGUACGCAAAAUAAUUUUAGAUCAAUAAAUACCACAAUGGGUUUCUCAUUGGAAUAUGGUGUUCAUAUUUCAAAACAAAAUGCAAAUAAGAUUUAUAAACUUCUCUGGACACAUUCUUUUGAAAUGGUGCUUUUUCAUCCCUUUUUUCUCUCUUCCCUCACAGUGACUGUAUCAUCUUUCUCUCAUUUGCAGACCACCGACAAGUAAGACUAUGCCUGUUUCAGAAUGGUCUCCGUCAUCGGAUAACACUUUAUCCACCGUCUCGGAAAGUUAGUUUUUUUUUUUGUUUUGCUUUUUGUGUUUACGUGCAUGUGUUUACUAGACCUCAUACAUGGUCACAGUAUUCUUGAACCUUGGGCUCUCAUCCGGCCGGCUGGAGAGGACUGGAGACGAAGCGAAGGCUCUUCUUUGUUAACUUGUCGUCCGACAUGCCAAAAGAGAAGGGUGUUGGGAUCGAAAAUGUGAUGUUUCGAGUAGUCGAGCGAUGAUGCGGAGCUCAUGAUCACAUACCAAGUUACGAGCUCGGGUGUGUUUUGGGCUUAUCCUAUCAUGAAACACAAUACGCGAUAAAACUGAAAAGGGUCAUACUAAGUCAGUGUUUUUUUUUUUUUGAUGGAAAAUUACUUAUUUGUGGCUAAAUCUGCAGGUUCUUAUUACUCAUGGUUCUUUCGAUCCGUAGUUUCGACUAGGCAACUUUUUCUUUUUCGAUGUCUCAACACUCGUAACAUUUAAGCUUUCUUUGGUAACUUUCGCUCAAUUGUUUUUCAGCUCUCUUGGAAGGGAUUACCUUACAAAUCGUGGUCACACCCAUAAAUGCCCAAUGAACUGAGGCAUUUUUUCUACUUAAGCAUGAAGACAUUUGCGGAUGAACUGUAAAAACUUAUUUUUGGUGUAUUCAACUGAAUUGAAGAGGGGUUGUCACCGUGCGCGUCUACUUUGGUCGAUAAAAUUCUGUCUUGUGGCUCACUCACAUCUGGCAAUCUGAUGAGGGUCUACUUUGCUUAAUCCACAAUUCAAAACAGGUGACUACCAAUCCUACUGAACUGAAUUUUUACGAUAUUUUUCGUCUUAUCUUUAGAUCCUUCGCCCUUGAUUUCACCUUUUAAAACAGAUAGAAAACGAAGCUACAAGCUUAAGGAUUACCGUGGCAAAGAUCCCAUUGCUAGUACUGACUUGGACUAUAAAGAAAGGUAACGACAAAUGGUAGGUAUCCACUGACAGUUGAUGACUCUUGAGAGCGGUAGGAAUCCAGUGCUAGGACGAUAUCCUGAAACGGCGAUCAAUUACUUGUUAUAGAACACUAAGCAGAGACAUGAUGAUAACAAUCUAUGAAAAGACUCCUAUCAGUUCGCUCUUUGCUGCUUCUCUUUGCCUGCCCCUGGCCUCUUUCGUGCUUUCUCGCCAUCUCUUUGCUGUGUCCCUUCAGGUCUCUCGCGCCCCUUCUGGCCUUGUCUUCAUCCUUGCCCGUAGUGCAGGCGUAUUUUUUGGCCAGCCGGAGAUCUUUCAGUAAAAACCCUCGCUCUACUGGCGCUGGAGAAAAUCAGAGACUAUGGGACGGAAUUUUACGCAAGCUGUUGAAGUUAUCCACAGUUUCCCGAAAAUGUCUCAAGUUAUAGUCAACUUUAAGCCGUAACAGGACAAAGUAAUACCCAUAGGCUUAGCCUGCCUGUGAAUAAGCUUCCAGAGGAACGUGGUGAGGGAACCGGUAGCCUCUUCUCCUCCCCUCUCCUCCGCCCCUUUCCAUCUGUUCGCACUCUUUAGCUUUCUCUUCAUCCCUUCCCCACAAGAGAGCCUGUUCAGGGGCUGCCCAUACCGUGGGCAUCAUAUCUAAAUUGAAUGAGGACUCUAUUCUGACCCUAGCGUUGAUCAGACUUUUCACAGAGUACGAUUGAACUUUUAUGUCAGCGAAGAGACAAAACGUGAGAAAACUUCUUGUAAACUCCAAAUCGUGGGUUUCACCCCGUUACUUCGAGAAAGGAAGGGAUUUAUCGGGUGAGUCCUUAGUUCUUUUGUAUUUUCUGUUUGUCAGUAUAUAUACUUAUAUGUUAUAUUUUCAAUUUUCCCUAGAUGAAAAAAAAAGCCGCGUUGGGCGUAAUGCAGGCUCCAAGCGUGAUGAUAUCACCUACACAUCGCGGCACACUCGUCAAAUCCCGUUCCUAGGUCCCUCCCCUACUCAUCCUCUCGAGGGACGAGUCGGACAGGACCCUGGGAACUAGAUUACACACUCGCCUUGUAUUUAAGGAAACAAAGUUAUAAAUAGUCGACUGUAUGAUACAAACAAGAUGUACGUGCUUUUAUUUAACUCUCUUUUAAUCGUUGACUCUGUACACCUGGAGAAAACAUAGACCUCCUCGGAAGAAAUAUGGGAUUAAUAUAUAAUGAGUUACUCACAGUACUGAAUUGUGGUGAUUGUUUUUAUUGCAACUGUUGAUUGAUG